GGCCAGCUUCUGCAAAGCCGGCUGUGGCCUAGGGCCGCAGGCUGUCUGUGCCGCCCUUCCAGUAGGGGGCGAUGUAGAAGGUUGCUCACUUCCGGUUCCCAGAAUGCCCUGGUGUCUGGUGGACAGUGUGGGCCGUUGGGCCGGCAGCUGUGGCGCCUAGGCGCUGAGGCCUUUUCGGGGGUUUCGCGCCGGCUUGUGGCCUUUCUCAGAGUCGUGGGCCCUCUUCUUGGAUGCCGAGUGCUGACUUCGGCCCAGUGGAGCCCUCUGCUCACCAUGGCACAACCUGUCACUGGAAAACCACCUGCUGGUCUAGGACAACUGAUUCCUGAACAUGGUCACCAGAGUUCCGGAGGAGGAGAAGCAGGAGGAGGAGGAGGAGGAGAAAGUAAAGCAGAAGAGAAUACCAUGGGACAAACAGUGAAUGAAGAAUCAAUGGAUGCCAAGAAUGACAAUCAAGAGAAAACUACUCAUUCAAGUACAUCUUCUGCGCUAAGCAAUAAUUUUAACUGGGACAAGUAUUUGAAAGAGACUGAUUCUGUAAGUGCACCUUCAGAAUACUUCAGACAGUCUAAGACUCCACCAACUAAUGAAUUCCAAGUUGGUAUGAAAUUGGAAGCCCGUGACCCUCGCAAUAUUGGUUCAGUGUGUGUUGCUUCUGUUAUUGCAACUACUGGUGCCAGAUUACGUUUACGACUGGAUGGUAGUGACAAUAAGAAUGACUUUUGGAGACUUGUUGAUUCAUCAGACAUACAGCCUGUUGGGACAUGUGAACAGGCAGGAGAUUUACUUCAACCUCCACUGGGGUACAGAAUGAAUGUUUCAUCAUGGCCCAUGUUUUUACUACGGACACUAACUGGAUCUGAACUGGCCCCUGCAGUGUUCUUUAAGAAGGAACCACCACCGCCACCCCUAAAUAAUUUUAAAGUUGGGAUGAAGAUUGAAGCUGUUGAUAGGAAAAACCCAUUUUUGAUCUGUCCUGCCACAAUUGGAGAUGUCAAAGGAGAUCAAAUUCAUAUUACUUUUGAUGGGUGGAGUGGAACAUUUGAUUACUGGUGCAAAUAUGACUCCCGGGACAUCUUCCCAGUUGGAUGGUGUUGCCUCACAGGAGAUAUAUUGCAGCCACCAGGAAAUAUUGCUGAAAAGAAACCAAAGAGCAGAGGAGUGACUAGACCUUGGAAAGAUGGAGCCACAGCUUUGGAAAGUAUAGAAGCAGCCCCAGAAGCUGCAGAAAAACCCAAGGGCAGUAUAUUCACCAACCCUUUUGAAGAUGAAGACAGACCUGUGAAAGAUGAGCAAGCAGCCCCAGCUGGGGAAAAAACCAAGGGCAGAGGAUUCGCCAAACCUGGGCAAGAUGAAGCCAGACCUGGAAAAGAUAACCAAGCAGCUCCAGCUGGGAAAAAACCCAAGGGCAGAGGAUUUACCAAACCUUGGGAAGAAGAAACCAGACCAGGGAAAGAUGUCCAAACAGCCUCAGCUGGGAAAAAACCCAAGGGCAGAGGAUUCACCAAAGCUUGGGAAGAUGAAGCCAGACCAGGAAAAGAUGUCCAAACAGCCCCAGUUGAGAAAAAACCCAAGAGGAAGAGAGUCACCAAACCUUGGAAAGAACAGGCCACACCUUUUGAAGAUGAAGCAGCAGCCCCAGCUGAGAAAAAACACAAGGGCAAAAUAGUCACCAAACUUUGGAAAGACGAAAUCAUAACUAUUGAAGAUGAUGAAGCAGCUCCAGCUGAGAAAAAACAAAAGGGCAAAACAACCACCAAACCAUGGAAAGACCAAGGCGGACUUUUUGAAUAUGGAGAAGCAGCCCCAGGUAAGAAAAAACAAAGGGGCAAGACAGUGACCAAACCAUGGAGAGACCAAGGUGGACCUUUUGAAUAUAAAGAAGCAGGCCCAGCUGAGAAAAUACAUAAGGGCAAGACAGUGACCAAACCAUGGAAAGACCAAGGAGGACUUUUUGAAUAUGAAGAAGCAGGCCCAGCUGAGAAAAAACGCAAGGGCAAGACAGUGACCAAACCAUGGAAGGACCAAGGCGGACUUUUUGAAUAUGAGGAAGCAGGCCCAGCUGAGAAAAAACGCAAGGGCAAGACAGUGACCAAACCAUGGCGAGACCAAGGCGGACUUUUUGAAUAUGAAGAAGCAGGCCCAGCUGAGAAAAAACGCAAGGGCAAGACAGUGACCAAACCAUGGAAAGACCAAGGAGGACUUUUUGAAUAUGAAGAAGCAGGCCCAGCUGAGAAAAAACGCAAGGGCAAGACAGUGACCAAACCAUGGAAGGACCAAGGCGGACUUUUUGAAUAUGAGGAAGCAGGCUCAGCUGAGAAAAAACGCAAGGGCAAGACAGUGACCAAACCAUGGAAGGACCAAGGCGGACUUUUUGAAUAUGAGGAAGCAGGCCCAGCUGAGAAAAAACGCAAGGGCAAAACAGUCACCAAACCAUGGAAAGACCAAGGUGGAGUUUUUGAAUAUGAAGAAGCAGCCCCAGCUAAGAAAAAAUACAAGGGCAAAACAGUCACCAAACCAUGGAAAGUCCAAGGUGGACUUUUUGAAGAUGAAGAAGCUGCUCUAGCUGUGAAAAAACGCAAGGGCAAAACAGUCACCAAACCAUGGAAAGACCAAGGCAGACUUCUUGAAUAUGAAGAAGCAGCCCCAGCUGAGAAAAAACGCAAGGGCAAGACAGUCACCAAUCCUUGGAAAGACCAAGCUGGAAUUUUUGAAGAUGAAGAAGCUGCCCUAGCUGAGAAAAAACGCAAGCGCAAAAGAGUCAGCAAAUUUUGGAAAGAGCAAGCCAAACUUUUGGAAGAUGAAGAAGCAAUUCCAGCUCUUUUCUCAGCUCUUUCAGUGCACAGUACAGAGAACACACCGCCUUCCUCCGCUGAACAAACAAAAUCUUCCACUUCUGAGAAAACAAAGCCUUCCACCUCUGAGCAAACAAAGUCUCCCACCUCCAAAGGGGCUCAAUCUUCAAAGAUGUCUCCACGGAAAACAACUAUUGUACUACCAGCAACAAAGACCAGCAAGAAGUCAGGACAAACUAAGCCAACUGGAGAUACUUCAGCUACUAAGAAAGGCAUUACUAUUAAAAUUGUCCUACCAAAGAAAAUAGGUGGAAAGUCAGGAAAAAAGGAAAAAUGUAUUCCAGUUGUUUCUUCUACAUCUUCAGCUUCUCUCAGUUCACUGAUGAAAAGCUCUUCAUCUAAUAAGUCUUCUGCAGGGCCAUCUAAAAUAGUGAUGUCUACAGUCUGUGUCUAUAUAAAUAAACAUGGAGAUUGUGGCCCCUACCUGGAUCCACAGAAAGUUCAGCAGCUGCCUGACCACUUUGGCCCAGGCCCUGUGAAUGUGAUUCUCCGGCGGACUGUGCAGGCCUGUGUGGAUUGUGCCAUUGAUCCCAAGGCUGUGUUUCUAUUUCUUAAGCCAGAUACUCGAGGAGGAGAAAUAAUUACUGCCGCCUUUGAUGGGAAAGUUCAUACCGUUGAGCUCCCUCCAGUGAAUAGUGCAUCAUUUGCACUUCGCUUUCUUGAAAAUUUCUGUCACAGCCUGCAGUGUGAUAAGUUUUUGAGUAGCCAGCCUUUCAACCCUAAGGCUCGUGUGGAUACCCCUACUACAGACCUUGAUCAAAACAAACCAGCAGUAAAUGAGGAACUAGAAGGAAGGAGAAGCCUCAAACGAUUUUCUCAGCAACCUCUACUUUUGGCUCCUGCCUCAUCAAAGGCUCCCAGAAAGACUGGGCGACCCUCUAAAGCUUCAAGUUAUAUAGCUGUACCUGACCCCAGUGUCCUGAAACAAGGCUUCUCUAAGGACCCUUCAACCUGGUCUGUGGAUGAAGUGAUACAGUUUAUGAAACAUACAGAUCCUCACAUAUCAGGCCCCCUCGCCGACCUCUUCAGGCAACAUGAAAUUGAUGGGAAAGCUCUGCUACUGCUGAAGAGUGAGCUGAUGAUGAAAUAUAUGGGGCUGAAACUAGGACCAGCAUUAAAACUGUGUUACUACAUUGAAAAACUUAAAAGUAAAAUAUAAUUGAAAAUGUGCAAAUUUAGAUUAGAGACAAUUCUCAGGUAUACUGAAAAUAUUUUACCCUAAAAAUAGUUUUCUUCUCAUCAGUUUUUGUUUUAUAAAAGGUUUUUAUAAAAAUGUUUUAUCAAAAUUGUAGUACAAUUACAUUGACAGUAUACUUUUACUCUUCAAACGCCAUUGAAUAUGUUUUAUUAGCAUACUUAUAACUGGCAAUUUGUUAUUUAUGUCUUUAAUUAUUUUUAUUGUGUUUACAAGUGUACUUCAUGUAGCAAACAGAGGAAAACCUUUUAUUUGGAUUAAUCUUUAUAUCUGGAACCAAAUAGCUAAACCCCAAAGGGGAAAAUACCAGCAACUUAACCUCUAUUAUAAAAACAUGAGAAUUUUUCCUCAAAAGAGAAUUUAAAGAUGCACUUAACUCUCAACUCCUUCCCAAUUAUUUUAUUUGUAUGAUUUUACAGUGUUCUGUUCAUGAUAUACUACUACUAGAAAGGGAAGAGCCAUAUAAAUUAUUUUCCUUUCUGAUGGUGCCCUUGGUGGUGUAUUUGUUCAUACAAAGGGGGAAAAGCAAGUUUAUAAGCUUGCAUAAAGUGUUCUUACUAGUCUUUGAUAUUUUUUUAAACUGUGGGAUAGGUUAAAGUGAAAAAUUUUGUGCAGGAGAUGUAUAUUCUACCAGAGUGAAUUGGAUGCAAUUGGAUAAACUUUAUACCUAUUUUACAAUUUUCUGUAUUUUUGCUAAGCUCGAACAUGGGACAUUCAAUUCUGACAUCUCUAUUUCCAAAAUAUUUGUGUCCAGAUUUUAAAAAUGUGUUUUAUUUUGUGUUUAUUACUCAUACAGAUACUUUAGCAUAUUUAUAUACUAUUCUAUAUCUGUGAGAAUACACAAGUGAUCUUUUGAUUUAUUAUGGCACUUUACACUGCCACAGAGGUAAUAAAGAACUAUAUAUAGAUGUUUAUUCUAUUAAAAAUAUGUACAUCAUUUUGCUAUCACCAGUACCUCUCAACUUAUUAUUCAGGUGAUAAGAAACUCUACAUAGAUUGGCUCCCACACAGGGAAGCUCUCUAUCCUAUGCAAUAUUUCUAAUUAAUUUACUUAGUUCUGAGCCAUCAGUUCUACUACAUUUUAAAAGAUAACAUUAAUUCUGACAUCAGGGCUCUAUUUUUAUAAAUGAGAGCUUUCAAAAGAAAAUGGUGUUGCAUGUCAUUACUUUAUAUAGUGGUGUAAUGCAUUAUAAGCUAUGUAUUAGCCAUUUGUUCUAAAUGUCAACAAAAUGUUCACCAGGAAAAGAAUAUACAUUUUGCUCUUUAGAAUACCAAAUGUGUUUUAUAUAACAAUGCAAAUGUAUAAAAGAUUACUUCACCUAUGUCAUUUCUGAUACGACAAGAUUCUUACUUAAACUUGAUCUUCUUGCAAAUUGUUUGUAUGAAGAUGCUAUGUCCAGUUGAAUGGUCCUCAGGUGUUUAUAAUACUAUGUUAUAUAAACCAGAUUUAAAGAAUAUAAUAAAGU